AGAAGGAAGUGAGGCGGGGGUGGGGAGGCAGAGCGCGCGCUUCGUAGCCAGGUUGCUGCUGAGGUGCACGAGAUCGGGGUGUUGUGUAUGCAUAGCAAUAACACUUUUUUCUGAUGUAGACGUGUCUUAUGCGUGUGGGCUGGAACUGAAAUAUUGCUUACGACUUCCAUUAACGCACACAAAAAGUAGGUAAAUGAUCAACCAUGUCGAUUCAUUCGGGGCUGGCAACUUGGGCAGUGGAUGAAACCUUUCAAUGGAAGGCUUUCAUGGGCGUAACAGAGAAAAAGAGGGAACGUGAGAAGUUGGUUGGCGGUGUUUACCUACGCUGCCUGCCCCGACAUCAGCGACGGGUAGAUUUGAAGGACCCGUCACGGCUUAUGUACGUACUUAAAAAGGGAUCAACAUAAACUUCGAGGGCUGGCAGCCUGCAGCAAAUAGACAAAAUCCCUUCUUUCUCGCCUCUCACCCUGUCGGCCUCGGCAGCAAGCCCGGAUUUCUGACAACACAAGAAUCUACGGGUGUGGGUGUGUAUGGGGGAGCGCGGGAUGGUGAUGCGUUGUACAAGGCAUUGUAUCCCUCCUCUUGCCAUCUCCCUCAGUUUGCAGGACUUUUCUCACUUAAAUGCAGAUGAUUUUUCCUUCCCUCCUUGAAACUAACUAACCGGAGCAACCGCAUCAAUAAUUGUAAUCCAGAAAAGACAGCAUUGCUGCCCAAUCAGGCUCAGUCUUGUGCACCACCCCUCCGCUUUGCUGUCCAAUGGGAGACCUCAGAUUAUAACGCCGGAAGAGAGCAACAAGGAAGGAUCGGUGCGUGCGCACACUUUAUCCGUAGACGAGGAGAAAAUGGAGGGUGCGAGGUGAAAAUGUGAACUACAUUUCCCUAUAGCCCUUUUUUCUGCGACGCCGCAUGCGCCUGGGUUGUGGCCAUUGCAGACCGAGAUGGGGGUAUCCCCCACUACGUUUAAGGUUGGCUGAUCUGAAAACCAAAGCACACUCAGCUGCAGAAAACAAAAGGAGGGGAGCGUGUGUGCAACAAGGUUACUACCUAGCCCAAGUGGAGAGAAGCACUGACUUGACAGUUAUUUGCAUAUGUUAAUUCAUCCAGACGUAUUUAAAUACACUUCCCCACCCCUGUAGCCUAGCAUUGAAGCUGAUAAUAAUCAUCCCUAAACAGCUGUGCUGGUUUAAAACUAGCAUUGUGAUUAUAUUGGAGUGCAGGAAAGUUGAUUUCAUGAUGAGGAAACACUAGAAAAAUGCGUGGGAGAGUUACCUGUUUGAAGAAUCUUUCGUGGAACACGAAAACAGAGAGAGUUAAGUGGAAGAAAAAGGCCACCUUUGGGGUACUGUAGCUAAAAGUGGUAGCAGAGUGGCACAAAUGUAUUUCCAAAGGCUUCGAAUGGUCUCUUUGAAAUCUCAGGCCACUCUUGCCCACUAAGUAUUUCAAGCGAAAAGUCAAUAGAUAUGUUUUUUUAACACAGCUACGGAAUCCACUGCAGGGUUUUGAGCACUUUUCGUAACCCGACCCCUUAUAAAGUUGCUGGCACUAUGAACUUAGCAUUUUAAAGCACGCUGCAGCUUGGAACGCGCUAUAGAAAAGAACGAUUUUUUACAAGAAAAGAAAGCAAAUGGGAACUUUUCGAACUUUGCUGCAAACACCUUUUUAAUACAUAUGCAAUAGGAAGUACAGCUCCGUCUUGGAUUUUAAACAUUAAAAGCACAAGAGUCUGAAUGGUGCUAUGAAUACCGAUUUAUUGUGGUAAGUGGGAUGGUGGUACUAGAAUGCUCAGUUGGCGAGGAGUAACCCGGCAGGCAAGGAACAGUAGAAAUCUCAAGAAAGGGAACAUUAAAAACGGCCAGCUAGCCUUUGAUCACUAAAGAGCGAGAGAGCAUUAACCAUUUACGGAGAAUCUUCACUGACUACAGAUCUUCUUCUAACAGACAAACAGGAUAGAUGUAGAAUACUAAUAAUCAAGAAAUGUUUAGGCAUUUAUAAGAGUCCUGUUAAUUGUUCUCCUGUAACUAUGAAUACAAGACAAUACAGUAUAGCUGCGGACCUACUGUAUAUGACAGUGCCCAUCUUGGGCAUGCUUGCUCCUAUGUUAGAUUUGAUAUAAUUAGAAGAAUAAUGACAAAAGUAUUUGGAAAGGAAGUAGUCAUGGUGAUGGGAAUUACAGAUGUAGAUGACAAAAUAAUUAAAAGAGCCAGUGAGCUGGGUGUAUCACCAGCAUCUCUUGCCCAUUUUUAUGAGGAGGACUUUAAGCAAGACAUGGCUGCUUUAAAGGUUCUUCCUCCUACAAUAUAUAUGAGAGUGACUGAAAAUAUUCCUCAGAUCAUUUCUUUUGUACAACAGAUCAUUAUGAGUGGGCAUGGUUAUGCAACCUCAAAAGGUAAUGUUUAUUUUGAUGUCCGUUCUAGGGGAGACAGAUACGGAAAACUAAGAAAUGUUUAUCCUGAUACCCAAGAGGAACCAGUCAUUAGUGAUAAGCGUCACAUGAAGGACUUUGCUCUUUGGAAGGCAGCCAAACCUCAAGAGGCGUGCUGGGACUCUCCCUGGGGAAAAGGAAGACCUGGCUGGCACAUUGAGUGUUCCACAAUAUCAAGUCUAGUGUUUGGAAGACAUUUGGAUAUCCACACUGGCGGAAUAGAUCUUGCAUUUCCCCAUCAUGAAAACGAAAUUGCUCAAUGUGAAGUUUAUCAUCAGUGUGAGCAAUGGGGAAAUUAUUUUCUACACUCUGGGCACCUACAUGUUAAAGGGAGUGAAAAAAUGUCAAAAUCACUGAAAAACUACAUUUCCAUUAAGGACUUCCUGAAGAAGUUUUCACCUGAUCAGCUUAGAAUGUUUUGUUUACGGAGUGGAUACAGAUCAGCUAUAGAAUAUAGUGAUGACAGCAUGAGUGAUGCAAAAAAUAUUCUUCAGACAAUCUAUUCUUUUGUGAGUAGUGCUAAUGCCUACAUGAAAGGACAACUUACGUGUGAAGCCAUAAGAGAAGAUGUACUGUGGGAAAGACUAGCCAAUACCAAAGCAACAAUAAAGGCUGCAUGUGCCGAUGACUUUGACACCCCCAGGGCUGUUGGUGCAAUUAUGGACCUCAUUCACCAUGGCAACAGACAGCUGAAGGACGUCACUAAGGAAAAUGAAUCUCCUAGAUGUGCUGUUGUGUUUGGAGCCAUUGUCUCCUAUAUCAUGGAAUUUCUUCACACAACUGGGAUCACUCUUGAAGAAAGACAGGUGGCUCCAGAAAGCAAACAUUCAGCCAUAUUCUCCAGUGUGAUAGAUGAACUCAUAAGUUUCCGAAUCAAAGUUCGGAAUUUUGCUCUUGCUAUGCCUGAGGCUGCAGGAGGCAUACCCACUGAAGGUUCUGCCUUGUCAAAAGAAGCAAAAUGGCAGCAGAAAGAUGAAAGGCAACGACUCUUGAAGGACAGAGAGCCCCUUCUGCAAGCAUGUGACAACCUGCGUCAAGAUCUAGCUAUGUACGGCAUCAACAUAAAGGAUAGAAGUACUACUUCUACAUGGGAACUUGGAGAACCGAGUAAAGAAUUGGAAAAGAGCUGAUGCAAAUAUUAAGUACAGAUGGAGUGAUACAACACUAUGGUGUUCUAAUGGGUUUUAAGUUACUGUCACUGAGAAAAUUCUCUGUUAAUUUACUAGGUGUCAUAUUGAGGUGGCUUAAAUGUUUCUUAAAAUUGUCUACUCUUUAAUAAAGCAAGAAGCUUUUGUCUGUUUCCUGAAAA